AUGGCGCCUCCUGCUGGCUCAAGAAUCCCCCAUCUUCGUCCGAUUGAGAAUGGCAAGCAGCUGGUGGUCCAUGGCCGACCAUUUCUGGUCUUGCCUGGAAUGCUUCAGCUAUCUUCAUCCUUCACCUCGCCGGAGUACACAUACACGGUGUGGCAAAAGCUCGUCGACGCUCAUGUCAACACGGUGCUAGGACGUGUGGCCUGGGAGGAAACCGAGCCAUUUGAGGGCCAUUUCCUUUUGGACAAACUUGACGAGGUCAUCUUGGGGGCUCGCAAGCAUGGUUUACAUCUUGUACUGCUCUGGUGUGGCUCAUUCCACGAGCUCAUUGGCGCAGGCGCGGCGCGAGCCUUUGCUCGUCUCAUGCGCCACUUGAAGGAAAUUGACAGCGAUCAUUCCACCACCUUGAUGGUUCAGGUAGAGAACGCCACCGCCUCCGCUGCAGCUGGAUUGCUUGCUGGGGAUUCCCGCGACACCUUUCCCGCCGCCGAGGAACGCUUCGCGCAACCCGUUUCAUCAGAGUUGGUGUCGUUUCUGACCAAUGACUGGGACCAUCUUCAAGCUGGGUUGCAGCGCACACUCGGUCAUUUCAAGUCUCAGUCCCGACCAUCAUUCUUCCCUAUGCCUCGAGAAUCGUGGGCGGAAGUUUUUGGCCGAGGCCCGCACACGGACGAGCUGUUCAUGGCCUACCACUCCGCUCUGUACUACCCUCUUCCAUUGUACACCCAGCUCUGGGAGAAAGCCGAAGUUGGAAAGGAUGAGAAGGACGACAUCCCCACCACUGUAACCGGGGAAGGAGGGACCUCACCUGUGGACUACCACUACCGGUUUUCUGGCGACCUCCUCGAUAUCUGGCAAUGGUUUGCACCUUCCUUGGACUUCGUGGCUCCCAGCCGCUGUCUUCUGGGGAAGCCCUAUGCGCGCGUCUGGGCCCAGCAUCGACACCACGCCCAGCCAUUGUUCCUCUCCGAGCCCCGUCACGACGAGAACAGUGCCGGCCGAAUAUGGACGGCCUGUGUAUCCUACCAAGCCCUAGGAGUCUCUCCGUUGGGGAUCGAUACGCUGGAGCCGGCCAUCAGCCCCUUCACCAAGCAUUACCGUCUCCUGUCCUCCAUCUCACAGACGGUCCUCCUAGCCCAACAGCUGCCCAGUUCAUCUGUCAAGUUUCACUUCGACGACGACAACGACGACGACCCGAUGACCGGUGAAAGGAAGAAGAACGAUCCUGUCAAUCAGCCAAUUGUGCGAGAGUAUGGAGACUACGAGAUCCAGAUUGAGCGCUGCCCAUCUACUGCUGACACUGCUGCUGAGAAGGGCCGCCCCCUCCUCCCAAGCUCGGGCAUGGUCAUCCACCGCGGUGGCGGCAACUUCCUUCUCAUUGGCUGGGGAUUCCGAGUCCAUGCGAAGGCCACGGGGGGCUCGAAGUCCAAAGCUCCCCCCAAAGCGGCGCAUUGCAGCAUCGAAUGGGUCUGGGAGAAGGCGGUUGCCAACCGGACCUCGGGGCGAUUAAGGCUCUUGCGCAGGAUCGACCACAGCGUCUCUAUGAUGAAUGGCUUCUUACAUUCGACGUGCCCGGGGAAAUGCUCGGCCUGCUUUGAUAUGCCUGCGGAGGUGAAUAUUGCCGAGGUUGAAUUCCGAUCAUUCUAA